AGGGGCCUCAGAGUUGACUGAAUUCAACAAAAAGGAUUUGGUUCCUGCAGAUCACUGCUGAGGACCCCACCAUGUAGCAGGGCCCAGCAAGAGCGCGCACUAGGUCCAGCCCGCGUGGGCUCAGCCACCGCAGGCCACCAUCCCCAGCUUAGCAAGCAGGCCAUGGGGAAGCUCCUGGUUGCCAAAAGCAAACAGGCCGCCCAGGGAAGUUUUGCUGUGGGUCACACCCGCUUCUGGACGGCUGCCAAUCUUCCUGCCAGAAACCGCAGGCCCGCUGAAGCCGCUGGGAGUCCGGACCACGGGGCUUAGGAGGACUUGGGUCAACUCUGCAAAGGGGGUGUCUGCGGAGCACUUUCUGGACCUACAGCACCCCCUCCACUGCCAGGGUCGGCCAGGGGGUCUGGGGCAGGGCUCCAGCGGCUCCAGCAGCAGCUUGGGUAGGCCCUUUGGGGCUGGGAGGAGCUAGUGAGGCCCCUGCCAGCCUGUCACAGGCUCUCGGCAUUGGCACUGGCUCUGACUUUCACACGCACGCACACACACAUACACACACAGACACUGCCAAGCACCCCCUUGGUGGCCUCGGAGGUCUCACCUCCAGGUAAAUGGGCUCAUCAGUGGGAAGAUGAGGAUGGGAGAGAAGCAGGGCUACAAAGGCCAGCCUGUGUGUGUGUGCGUGUGUGUGUGUGUGUGUGUGUGUGCGCGUGCCUGGGAGUGACCUCACAGCCGCCGGAACAUAAAGACUUACAGGUCCUGCCUCCGAGGCUCAAAGCUGGCUCCGUGGGGGACACAGUGACAUGAGAGGCACAUUUCAGACCCACCUCCUCGCCUUCUCCCUCCUCUGUCUCCUCUCCAAGGUGUGUGCCCAGCUGUGCCCCACACCAUGUGCCUGUCCCUGGCCACCACCCCGAUGCCCACUGGGGGUGCCCCUGGUGCUGGACGGCUGCAACUGCUGCCGGGUAUGUGCGCGGCGGCUGGGGGAGCCCUGCGACCAUCUCCACGUCUGCGACCUCAGCCAGGGCCUGGUCUGCCAGCCCGGGGCGGGCCCUGGAGGCCGGGGGGCCGUGUGCCUCUGGGGAGAAGAUGACGGCAGCUGCGAGGUGAACGGCCGCCUCUACCGGGACGGGGAGACCUUUCAGCCUCACUGCAGGCUCCGCUGCCGCUGCGAGGACGGCGGCUUUACGUGUGUGCCCCUGUGCAGCGAGGACGUGCGGCUCCCCAGCUGGGACUGUCCGCACCCCAGGAGGGUGGAGGUCCCGGGCAAGUGCUGCCCUGAGUGGGUGUGCGACCAGGGAGGAGGGCUGGGAGUCCAGCCCCUCCCAGCCCAAGGACCCCAGUUUUCUGGCUUUGUCGCCCCUCCAGCCCCUGGCGUCUCCUGCCCGGAAUGGAGCACCGCCUGGGGUCCCUGCUCGACCACCUGCGGCCUGGGCGUGGCCACCCGAGUGUCCAAUCAGAACCGUUUCUGCCGCCUGGAAACCCAGCGCCGCCUGUGCGUACUGGGGCCCUGCCCACCCGCCAGGGGCCACAGCCCAAGGAGCAGAGCCUUUUAGAGCCAGGCUGAGGAUGGAGACUCUAUGUCAGCCGCUCGGCAGGCAGUCUGGGCUGCAGGCCACAGUCCGGCUUGGGUCUGCCAUCCGGGCCCUGGAGGACAAGCGUGUUCCCAGGCCAGCUGGUCCCUCUGGACCCUGAGAUGCCGCAGGAAGCACUCCCUAGUCCCCCUCGCUCUCACUCACAGCCUGGGAGAAUGGCCAGGUUUCCUCUGAGCCAUUCACAGCCUUUAUCAAAGAUGCACACAGAGCUUUUUCCAGGAGAUGGACAACCAUCUCCCCCUUAAUCAUUAGAGUGAAGCAGGUGCUGGGCUGGAUGGGCUGUUUUUCUAGGGGUGUGGCGAAGAGGGGCAAAGAGAUUCUCAACCUCCUGCUUCCUUUCCUGGAGUGAGGUAUGAACAUCCCUGAACACACAUCUGUGUGUCACACUUGUGCUGAGAAAACCCUCCCUCCCCACCCUGGGCAGAAUUCAGGGAUUGAAUUCUACGUAAAUCACCCUGUUUUGAAGACAGUCAAAAUGGGACCCUUAAAUGUCCCUUAAAGGGACCCAUCAAACCCAAUUUGUAUUAGUAAGAAUUAACUGUUUUCAUGACUCUGCCAUGCGCCAGGCCAAGCUACACAUUAUACAAGUCAGUGCUGGGAAACACUCUGGACUAGAGAACAGCAAGGGAGGAUGAAGGAUGCCUCCCAGAAACCGGGGAACACGGCCUGAAAUAAACCAACCCUCGUGUGAAAUCCUGUUUGAAGUCACAUGUUUUAUUGUUUCUCUGUUCUCGUCCAGUUGCUCAGUUGUAUCCGACUCUUUGCGACCCCAUGGACUGCAGCAAGCCAGGCUUCCCUGUCCCUCCCCAUCUCCCGGGUCUGCCCAAGUGUAAAAACAAACAAACGAAAAUGCCACAUACAAAUGUUAUGUCCUCUUCUGCAGUCUACCUGUAUUUGUUUAAAAAUAAAAACUAUGUUUUCAUC